AUGUCCAGCACCCUCCCAAUGGCGGCCAUCUUCACCCGCAACAAAAUGAUCGGCUGGACGUCCGUCAUGGUCUCCGUCCAGGGCUGGCUCUCGGAAACCCCAGCUCAAAAGGAAAAGGCCGGCACGCCCGCCUACUUCUCCGUCGGCAUGGCAGUUCUGGCACUCGGUCUGGCAUAUAUGCCUCUGUUCAUGCCGCCGGCAGCCGGACGAGGAGGGCAGGGGAGUGGGACGGCGGCGCCUGGGCCUGUGCCUUCUUGA